CAAUUUAGCUUUGCCGGCGCGUGUACGUUUUGGGGCUAGUUUGUUGUGAGUGCGAAGAGACGUUCGAAAGCAAAGAUAAUAUUAAAAAAUUUUAAAAACAAACAAAUAAUAAAAGAAAAUAAAAUUCAGUUAAAAGAAAGUGCAGGUUUUGAGUGUUAAAAUAAAAAAAAAAAAAAAUUAUUAUGAUAUAUAAUAAAAAAAUUAUUUAAAUUAGUGAAAAAUAAACAAUUGCUGCUUUUAAGUCCUCAACCAUUUUUGUUUUAACAUUAAAAAGUUAAAUAUUUAAUAUAAAAUCACUUGCAAAUUUAUUUUGUAUUUAAUUUUUCAAAAAUCAUAAACGCAUUAAAAGGUUUUUAUUAAAUCUUAAACUCCCUCACAUUGCAAUGCUUGUGCCGUCGGAUAUGAUAGCGGCACAGUCCAAAAUGGUUUAUCAGAUGAAUAAAUAUUGUGCGGAUCGCGUGCAAACGCGUAAAGCACAGAUACACAAACAAAUACAAGAAGUUUGUCGUAUUGUGCAGGAUGUGCUAAAAGAAGUGGAAGUCCAAGAACCGCGUUUCAUAUCCUCGCUUAACGAUUACAAUGGCCGUUUCGAAGGUCUUGAAGUGAUCUCGCCCACUGAAUUCGAAAUCAUAAUUUACCUUAAUCAGAUGGGCGUACUGAAUUUCGUUGACGAUGGCACAUUACCUGGUUGUGCGGUGCUUAAAUUAAGUGACGGUCGUAAACGUUCGAUGUCGUUGUGGGUGGAAUUUAUAACCGCUUCGGGUUACCUGUCAGCGCGUAAAAUACGUUCGCGUUUUCAGACUUUAGUUGCGCAAGCGUGUGAUAAAUGUGCCUAUCGUGAUAUCGUUAAAAUGAUCGCAGACACAACGGAAGUUAAGUUGCGCAUACGCGAACGUAUUAUUGUACAGAUCACUCCCGCCUUUAAAUGUGCCGGUCUAUGGCCGCGUUCUGCAUCGCAUUGGCCGUUGCCUGGCAUACCAUGGCCGCAUCCAAAUAUUGUUGCAGAGGUUAAGACUGAAGGUUUUGAUAUGCUAUCGAAGGAGUGUAUUGCAUUGCAGGGUAAAAACUCAGCAAUGGAAGGUGAUGCGUGGGUGUUGAGUUUUACAGAUGCCGAAAAUCGUCUUUUACAAGGUAUAUAUAUGUAA